CAGGCCUCGAGGGGGGCUGGGAGGAAGAGCACCCGCCCAUCCCCCUCCUCCCCCCUCGUCAAUAUCUCUGGGUGUAAAUAGUCAAGGGCGUUUAAAGGAGCAUUGUGUGCUCCUUCGCGGGUCGGUCGCCUGCGUCUGUCCCUCCUCCGUUUUUUCACUCUAUUCCUUUUCCUUUAAAUUUUUUUUCCUUUAAAAAUCCACCCAAAUCUGUUUUUUCUCUUCUCCUCCUCCCGCGUUUUUUCUUUUUCUUUCCCAGAUAUUUGUCACGCUUUCCUACAUCCCGCUUUGACGCCUGCGAUUUCCCUUUAGCUUCGGUUCCUUCCUUCAUUCCUUCCUCCCUUCAUUCCUCUCCUCCCUUCCCUCCCUCCCUCCCUUCACCCCAAGAAGGGAAUUGGUUUGGUCAAGAGCGGGUUUCUUUCCGUUACCGCGCAACCAUUUUUAUUCUCUUUCUUCCCCUCCGCACGGGCGGACCCCCCUUUUGUAUGCGCCACUGCAGCUGGGGGGGUCCAGAUCACCAUCGAUCGGGAAGGCAGAGCGACCCCUCCCGCACGCGGGACCAAUCCGUUCCGACCCGCCCCACCCGGGGAGGACGAAGAAGCCCGAUUGUACGGCAGUCCACGUCCUCCGAGGAGCCGCCGCUGCCCGGCUGGACCCCGGCGCUCCCCCAGCAUGGUCACUCAGAUAAUCAGCACAAUGGAGACCCAGGUGUCCAACGGCCCCACAAGCAACAGUUCCCUCCCCAAUGGGCCACUGAUCAGUGCCAAUGGGGCCACCGAUGAUUCCAAAACUAACCUCAUAGUCAACUACUUACCCCAGAACAUGACACAAGAGGAAUUCAAGAGUCUGUUUGGAAGUAUUGGAGAGAUUGAAUCAUGCAAACUGGUUCGAGACAAAAUCACAGGGCAGAGUUUAGGCUACGGCUUUGUCAACUAUGUUGAUUCCAAUGAUGCUGACAAAGCAAUCAACACCUUGAAUGGACUCAAACUGCAGACAAAAACAAUCAAGGUGUCCUACGCACGGCCGAGCUCUGCUUCUAUCCGUGAUGCCAAUCUCUAUGUCAGUGGCCUGCCCAAAACCAUGAGCCAGAAAGAGAUGGAGCAGCUCUUCUCACAGUAUGGACGCAUCAUCACCUCCCGCAUCCUUGUGGAUCAGGUCACAGGUGUGUCUAGAGGUGUGGGAUUCAUCCGCUUUGACAAGAGGAUAGAAGCUGAGGAAGCCAUCAAGGGGCUGAAUGGACAGAAACCGCUGGGUGCUAGUGAGCCCAUCACAGUCAAAUUUGCCAAUAAUCCCAGCCAGAAGACAGGGCAAGCAUUACUCACACACCUGUAUCAGACUACAGCCCGGCGGUACACAGGGCCUUUACAUCACCAAACUCAGCGAUUCAGGCUCGACAAUUUGCUAAACAUGGCAUACGGCGUCAAGAGUCCUCUCUCCUUGAUCUCCAGGUUCUCUCCUAUCACGAUCGACAGCAUGACCAGUCUGGCAGGAGUCAAUUUGACCGGGGCCUCCAGUGCUGGCUGGUGCAUCUUUGUGUACAACCUCUCUCCAGAGGCAGAUGAGAGCGUCCUCUGGCAGCUCUUUGGGCCCUUUGGAGCUGUCACCAACGUCAAAGUAAUCCGCGACUUCACCACCAACAAGUGCAAAGGCUUUGGCUUUGUCACCAUGACCAACUAUGAUGAAGCCGCCAUGGCCAUCGCCAGCCUCAAUGGCUACCGACUGGGUGACCGAAUCCUCCAGGUUUCCUUCAAGACCAGUAAGCAACACAAGGCAUGAGUGAGCAAAUGCGCCAGAGAGAUGGGGGGAGGGGGGAGCAACAGUGUGCUGGAAACAGCUCUCUUCCCCAACUCGCCACAAGAACGGAAAUGUUCAUUGACUCAAUGUUGCAGAAUAUUCAACCGCCAGACACCGUGAUCUUUGGGAAGCAGGAGGCUCCUCCCCCUCCUUCUCCCCAUGCCCGACAGCCCAGCGGGAAGCACGGAUGCAGCAACUUGUCAGCCACUUCUUGAAAAUUAAACCCUGUUCUGACAGCAUGCAGGGGUGACAUCUGCUCAGAAUAGGAUACCUCUCUUGUUUCUAUGCUUGGUGACCCCUCCCUCUUUCAAGGCUUUCUUUCUAACAUACAUGCCCAGGUCUGAAGCUUUCUCGAGUUGUCCAUAUAUCUUUCCCUCUAUGAAUUCCACACCUGUAUGGUUUCUUUGGUGGACAGUUUUUCUGACCCUGGAGGAUGAAAAAAACACUCCCAGUAAGGUGUGAUAGAAAUGUCCCCUUCAUGUUAAAACAUUGUGAACCAACAAAUCCAAGAAGGUCAUGACUGUUACUCUGAGCUAGCCGAGGGGGAGGAAUUAAAAAGAUUCAGCUCACCACCUUUGUUCUCUUACAAUGCAAAAAGAAAGAAAGAAAAAGAACAAAUGUGGUUGGAGGAGAUUGCACUCAUCUCAUCUGUUGGUCUAAUAUGUUAGUAAUACAGGUUCUUAAUCCCACUGUUUACCUUGGCCCCUAAUUAGAAUGAUGCCAUAUUUGGGAAAAUAAAUCUAACCUUUUAUGUCUGAAAAGAGGGUACUUCCUAUUUGAUUCCAGAGAAAACUCAUUCCCUGGGAAAAGAAGAACCAUUUUACACUUGUAUGCUGUAAAAUUUGCUGACCAGGUUUUGAAUAUUUGCUUAUUUAUUUAACUACUUUACAUUGAAAUGAAAGUUUGGGCCAGAGUGAUGUAAAAAAGGGCAGUCAAGAAUUUGGCACAAAGUCCAAGAUUUCUAGAGUCUUUAUGGCUUCUAAUCAGGUUGUAAGGACUAGAUAAGUUUCUUACGGGUCAGAAGUAGGGACUUGCUAUUUGAGACGUUAUGGAGCAGUAAGUUAAACAUUUUAUUUUUCUUCUUCCCCAAGAUGAAAUGUUUUUCUUUUGUUGUAAACUGAUAUUUCAUGAAGAAUUUAUAGAACCAAGCACAGGGGAAGGAAAUCAGCCCCAGAGUUGUGAUCAUUGACAACUGAAUAGAUUGAAAGGUGUUUUGGGCAAAGGGAAGAUGGUUAGUAUGGCUGAGGUCUUCCUUUCUCUUUUAAAACAAAUAAGUGACCAAACAAGGGGAAAAUCAUAAAUUUUAAAAGGUGAAACUGAAACAAAGAAGAAAACCCAACAAAAAUUUUAAAAAAGAUUUUAAAAAUCUAUUUUUAUAAAAAAGGAAAAGAGACCUUGCUGGAAAUUUUUACUGGGAUUCUUGAACUUCAUACACAGUCACAAUAACAAAUUCCAAAGGGGGGGAAACAAACAAGCCACUAAGUGCGAUUGCUGUGCAUGGUCCAAUCAUUCCUUCCAGUGGGCCUUUUCAAACAAUUAACAAAGAUACCACACACCUACAGAGAUUGCUAGCAAAUCUUUGGCAUCACUCCCCAUGCACGGAAUUAGGAUAGGAGUGUUAGUAUUGCUGUAAACUGUGUUGUUGGCAGAGUGGGGGCAGGAUAGCCAAGGACUGUUGGCUUUUCUAGUUCAAGUUAGAAAGGGUCCAUCCCAAAACCAGCAUCUUCCUCUUGGUCCAUUCCACUCCGCUUAGUAAAAAGUAGGGCAGCUCAGAGGUGGGGCUGAGUUGUCUUCUAUAUGUAGGAUAUCUGAGACCAACAUAGAGUGGGUCAGUAUCCCAUGAUUUAUAGGGCAGCACACAACAAAUGAGACACUUUAAAAAGUUACAAAACUCUACCAAUUAAAAAGCAGAGGGAUGGACACCAGAAGAAAAUCAGGUUCUUCAAACCAGGUGUCAUGGACACAAGCCCAGAAAAAGUAGCUGUCUCCCUACUCAACAUUUUCUCAACAGUAAUGUGAAGAUGCGGAAACAAGGCAUUUUCCUUAAAUAGGGAGCAUUGCAAAAAUCUGUCUACACCAUUUAAAACAACUGAGCAUCAAGUGCAUGUUUUAAACUGUGUAUUGGGGGUGGGGGGGUGAGUUGCCUGGAAAGACCUUCAGAUUCUUGUGCAAAAGCAACACUUUGUGUCUCAGGUCCCAAAGAUUUUAGGUGAUUUUGUCCCAACUAUCAAAGUCAGGAAAUGGAGACAACUCCUUUUAUUCUCCUUUUCUUUCUGUUCCUUUUUUCCCUUUGCAUUUUUUCUUGUGGGAGGUGAGGAGGGGGUAGAGGGCUAUAAUAACUUGAUUGUAUUAGUAGAUUUUCAGCACCACCAUUAUCUCGCUAUCCCAAAAACCAAAAGGGCAGAAAACUGACAAAAGUUUCAAAAAUAAAAACUGCAUGCUUCAUCAUAUAACCACUGCUUUUACUCACAUCAACUUCCAUAGCUUUCUUUUUCAAAAAUAUUUUCUACAGGUAUUACAAAAUUAUUCAGCAAGGUUAAAAACUCUCCCAAACCAGGAAAUGCAGUUUAUGCACAGACCCUGAUUUCUGUCUCCAUGCACAAUCUCUUUAGAAGGCAUUGCUCUCUUUCUGACCAGGGCACAGAAGUCGGCUGCUCCUUCUGCUGCAACUGAACUCUGGAAUCCAGAAUUGACCUGGAAGUCCCCAUCAACAGUGAGGGGAAGAAAUGGGUGGUUCAAUACUGUUAACAGUACCUGAUAAAGGAGAAAACAAGCAAAACUUGUUAGGGUGAGGAUACCAUGCAGAGAUUGUGCUUAAUAUACAACUGCAAGAUAGAGCCAGAGAGAAUUUGGGAAGUUUCUGUGGAAUAAAUUUAGCUUACUAAGGUUGGAUUCCCUACCAUUUUAAGCAUAAAGAGGGUCCUACUUCUAAAUGUGGGGCAUGGCUGCCCUAAAAAAGCAACCAAGGACCCUUCUGGACAAUAGGAUGGCAGUGAGGUAGCUAUGCUCAUCUGAAGGAGCUGACCUGCUCCUUCAGAUGAGCAUAGCUACAGCAGGUCAGUUUGGUUCUGGGACGUUGUGGGAUUCUUUCCCAAAUUACCUUGUCUUGAAAGGAAGGGCUGUGUGCUAGAAGGCACUGCUUUCUUUCUAACCCACCUGUCUCUUUCCAUACAGUUUGAAUAGAUCUCAGUGGAAUGUUUGCCACUUGCCCUUUCCAGACACACUAUUGCAACCCCAGACUAAUUCUAACUUUUGAACUUUCGGACUGAAAUUCGGACUUUAACAUAGAUUUGGUUGUCUCUUUUAACACCCACAUUUAUUUUGCUUGCUGAAUGUAAACCCCUUCCCACAAUAGAACCUUUCUUGCUUGUCUGGGGAAGGGGUCUCAAAAUAAUUCCCAGGUCUACUGCCGUUUGUAUAGGAAAGGAAGAAAAUGCUGAUGUGAGAAGACAUAGUGAUGCAGCAUGUUCAGUAAAAGGCAUAGUUCCUUGCACUUCCCAAAUGAAUUAUUAGCAGGUUGUGGUGCAGACAGUGGUAAAAUCUAAGGAUCUUAACUAACUACUAAAAUAUUCCCAUUUUAGCUAGAAUUUUAUAAUCUUUUUAGGUUUCCAUCCCACUUAAAUUAAUAUUUCCUUCUAUCCAAAUUAACCAAACACAAUCCCCAGCUCUGAAACGGUGCACACCUUCAACUAGAUUUAGAGCCACUAUGUAGUGGCUGAUCAUCCCCAAGAAAGAAUAUAUUCCUCAAUGCCAAUCAUCUCUGUAAGCAACACUGCACUUUAGCAUCAUGGACUACCACAACUGAGACUUUGCUCUGAUGCCCACCCAAUGCUAGCUGAUGUGCAGGACUCUUAGAUGAAGGGAUCCAAUUUCUCUUCUAUGCUGUAAAGCAAUUGUGGAGCAAUCAGACCAUAAGAAGGCCUUGUGAUUCCCAUGCUUUAAGAUUUCUCUCAGGGGACUUCUCUUUUCUUCGUGGCAGCAAUAAAUCUUCUAGUCCUUUGAGAUGAACACUCCUGCUUGGGCUCUUGGCCUUUUUUGCAGUCUGAGGCAGCAUGGGCUGCUGGUUAUAGUACAGGCCAGCAUGAUUACCUUGUGCUUAUCUCACAGUUAGGUGGGCUACUUAAGACUACCUUUCUGGUCCUUGCCAAAGACACGCUUCAUGUCUUCUUGUCAGACAUCUAGCUUUCAGCCUGAUUUUCUUUCUCUAAUUUUAACCUGACGGCAUGUGCGCUCCUCUGUACUUUGAUACUGGACCACAUAGACAUCUGGGUGUGUAUGUGCAUGUAUGGGCAGAUGUGGGGAAGAGAGGCAGCAAUCCUAUAUCCAUGUGGCAAACAUACUGACCUAGUUAAGAUUUUGGGGCAGCCAAUAAUGUAGCUAUGAGUUCCUGCUGUGUGGAUCCUUUUCCUGAAAACACCAGAGUAUCACACCUUCAGAAUCUGCCAGUCAAAACGCAUGCACCUUGGAUCCUUGGCACUAAUGUCUACCUGCAAAAACAUGGCUAGAGUGGUAGUGUGCCCACAAAUCUAUCCAACGGGAUUUUAAAAUAGAUUCAUAUUAUGGAAGCCUAAAUCUUCCAAGUAGCCUCCCGUUCUAGUCUUGCUUUCAGUUAUUUGAAGAUGAAUCACUAUCACAAAUGAUAAACUUCUUCCCAAUAUCACUUCCUGGCAAGGGACGAUUCCCCGAAAUUAAUGAAGGGAUUGUCUCUAAUGACACUCCUUUUUCUUUUUUUUAACAGACCAAGCUAACCCUGUAGAGCUUUGAACAGAGACUCCUGUCCAGAAGGCCAUUCUUGUCUCUAUCUCAUUAACCUAAAACUCUUUUGUCAGGGUGAAGCUAAAACAAACUCGCCCCACCCCUACCUUUUAAUUGUUCUGUGUGGGGUGAUGCUUUUUAAUAGAAAGUCAGAAUGAUGCAAAGGUUGUUUUUUUAAAAAAAGAAAAAAAUGGGCUGCUUCAAUACUUACCACCUGGCCUUUGUCUUAUGAUCCUUGGGUUGGAGGAUGCUUUCCUGGUAGGUCCUCGUGCUGAAUGUAUUCUCAGUGACCUCAUAAUAAAUUAAGACAAAUGCUGGAGGGUGUCAUCCUAUAGUAUGCAAGUUUUCCUGCGAUAACAAAGUGCUGUGGCAAGCUAGAUGUCAAGGGGCAGAAGUGAAACUUUUCUUCCUUGCUGUCAACAAACCAUUUUUCAACCUUGGCUGUAGGUAGGUAGGUGAGGAAGAAAAGCAGAGGGUAAAGAUACAGGCCAGGGCUUUUUCUCAGAACAGUGCUCUGUAAUGUUAGCCAGCUUCUGUUUGUUUGUUUAAAAGCAGGAAGCUGAAAAUUUUGAGUUUUUAGCCUGCCUGGCUGCCAUAAAUGCUGAAUAAAUACUUUUGUUGGAGUUUUAACCAUUUCUUCAGAAGGAACACCCUGUUUCUCAAAUUAAGCCAAAAGAACCCAGAAAGAUUUUUUAAAAUGUCAAAUGGUUUCUCUGUAGGGCUGCUGCUUAAAAAACUAUUUAUGUUUAUGGCCAUCUCCCUUUAGAUUGGAACCUUGAAGUGGGAUGAAUCUAUUUGUACAGGUUAUACUCCAGUGACACCCAGGUUUACCUUCCUUUCCCCUUCUUCCUUCCCACAUGCUGAAGGGAAUGAGAAUUUCUCUUAAAAUCUAAUUGUAAAAGGGGAUGAAAUUGUGGUUGCCUUUCCCAAGGCAUCUCUUUGGAUCUCUGUUAACAAACACAUCCUGAAAAUGCACAUGACCUAAUUUCCAUUUUUAUUUAUUUAUUUAUUUUGGUUGGCUAAAAACAAUGAGUCAUCGAUAGCACUCGAGCAAGGGACUUUAUUUUCGUUUGCUCUCAAAGGAAAAAUGGAAAAAAAUGAACAACAUUUAAAAGACGAACUUAUGAUAAUUAAACAUUUUAGCAUUAGUUCGAGUUUUAAUUGUUUAAUGAUUUAGAAAUUAGUUUAGGAUUUCUUGAUUUUUUGACAAUAAAUGUGUUCACUUGUGUUUUGUAAGAGUCUGUGGCAGCUUCUGUUUGCGAUAAAAUGAGAAAAAGAACAAAAAAAACUGGCACCAUUAACUCUUGUAUCUUUUUGCGAAUUUUAGCUUCUUGUAGUUUUAACUUAUUGUUAACUUAAAUAUUUAUUACUGCCUUGUAAGAAUACAUUUGUGUAUAUUUAUGUUCUCAUCAGAGUUGCAAGUUAAAAGGGAAAUAUUUUUAAUUUGCUGAAAAUAAUUAUUCCUUAUUUAUUUAUUAAAUAACAAACAAAAUUGAAACAAUACUAAAAGCUUAAAUGACAGGCUCUCCACCAGGGCAAAGUGCACAGAGGUAAACAUUUUAAAAACAAUCUACUAAUGUGGCAUAUACAGCAAAAUCUAUAGACAAGUUUGUUUUGUUGUCUUGUUGGAAAAAAACACAUUUUGAGUUCAUUCUAUUAGAAGGUUAUGGGGUGGGUGGGAAGGGAACGUGUAGCUUGUCAUUUUUUCUAUUCUUGUAUUCUGUACCCUCUGGCCUUCACAUGCUGCCACUCAGCAUCCCUCCCACAUGUUAACAGCAAUUAUUUCAGUGACAAUUUGCUUUUUUAUUUUAAAUAUUUUAAGUAAGCAUCACAGGCAACUGAUUUUUUUUUUAAUGUAAAGGACAUUCCUAACCUUUUCUGGCUCUGAUUCACUGAGAUCCUUAAGCACAAAGGGAAAUUUGUUUUGGUUAGAUGACAUGGAUAGCACCUUGUGUUAAAUUUUGUAGAUAUUUACCUGGGGAAAAGUCCUAUUGAAUUCACAAUACUUUGCAUAUGAAGAGUAGAACUGAAACAAUUUUAAACAUGCAUUUCCUCCUUAUGGAUAAUGUAGUAAGUGAUUUUUCAAAUACUAGGCCACUCAUUAAGGGUACUUGAAGCAUACAAACAGUUCUUAGCUGCCAUGUAUGGUCCCUAUUAUUGGAAUCAAUGCAACUGUUUUGCUAAAGUCCCAGGUAACAAUUUGAGAAAAGAGUUACACUAAAUUAUUCUGAACAAAGAGAAACACAUUGAAAAUCAAUCUUUCCAGCUUAUUUUGAUUUCUUCCCUGCCACAUGGAUGAUUUAGAAUCAUGCAAUAAUUAAGGGGGUGGGAACCCCAGGCAUGGAAAAGACCCCUUUGGGCAUCUGCUUUAUGUGCAGGAAAUGGGGCAUGUGGCCAAAGUAGUCAAGGUCUCAUAUGUUUCCAAGGCAAAGAGAAUCUGUAUCAGUCCAGAUUUUGAAAAAAAGUGCAAAAGGCCUUGGAAGCCAUGCUAUAUUUUUUCUAAACGGAUGAUGUCCGUGAUUUAAAGAUAAUCCUCUAACAAAAAAAAAUAGACCAAAAAUAGAUUGUCUAACUUUGUACCAUAUUCUUAUCAACACUGAGAUUUACUGAGAAACUAUUCCAUUCUAAAGGGUUAUGUGGCUUGAGGAAAAAACUUUUCUUUCCUGUAAACAGUGUUCCAAUAGUUAAAAGUAGAUUUCCUAAUUGCUGAAAUAAAAAAAAAGUUGGAUGUUUACCCCCAUUAAAACAGAUUUGAAAGUUUGCAUAAUAAAGCCCUCAAAACAAAGGAUACAAUAUCAUAUUCCUUGUUUUUAACUAGAAAGUGGGCUGUAAGAAUGCAUUUUUCUCCUCCAUUUAGUCAGUUUCAUGGCUGAUUAAAAACAUAUUUACUAAUAGUUAUUUCUUACAACUAAACCACUUCAGUCUUCUGGAGAACUCAACUCAGAAUUCAGUUAAAGACCACUUAUUCGACUUUUCAGCCAAAUGACAGGAUUGUUAGUAUGUCUGAAUCAGAUGGGUUACUGUUAAAAGUAUUAUUUGACAAAGCCACUUACAAAUGCUGGCUUCUGCAAAUCCUAAAUUGUGGCUGCUUUGCAUUCAGAUAGGACAGAAAAGCUAAUGGUUUGGUUAAAGAAAUAAUUGGCACUCUGGAAACUUACUGUGCCCCCAAACAUAAGCCACCACCUUUUGAAGCCGCUGCGCUGCUCCACAAAAGGCAGAGGUGCAGAACAGCCCUUCCUGCAGAUGUUGGACACUCCCACUAUCCUUGAUACAGUAGUUGGUCAGGCUGUCAAGAAUUCAUCUGGAAGCUCAAUUCCUGCCCAGGCUCUGCAGCCAUACAAUGUGUUGAAUAGGCUCGGGCAUGCUCUCCACUUAGUGAGAAAUGGCCAUAGCUGAUUCAUGGCACGUGUUCUAAUUAGCGCAUGUGCAGAAAUGCUAGUCACUGUUUAGCAUGAAAUCUGCUGUGCCAUAUAGAUAGCAAACACAGACCUGCUUUAUGUUAUCAUAAUGCCAAUUUUUAAUGUGUAACAAUGGAAACCUUUUUGCUUUUCAUCUGGACAACAGACUACUGAAGAAUGGCACAUAAAACAGGUGCUGCAUAGCAGGGGGUACUUUACAAAAGGAUUUUUAUUAUAAAAAUGUGCAUUACAACCAUAACUGCGUUCUCAUUCAAGAAAGGAUAGUGUUUCUCAGUGUACCUCAAGCAAUAGCCAUUUAUGCAACUAACCAGACUCAGAAGGGAAUGGCUAAGACUAAUCCUCUAUGUCUGGUGCCUUAGAGAUGAUCAGAAUAGGAACGGUCGCCUCUUUUAAGACUUGGCACAAAUGAGGCAUGGUAUUUUCGGGUUGUUCUCAAAAAUAACAUCACAGCAGUAGAGCACUUGCCUUGUCCCCAUUUUUCAAGAUGCCUCAAUACCUAAGGCUAGACCUUGAAAACAAGGAAGAUGUGAAAUGGAUAUUGACAUAAACAAAACACAGCCUUUUAAAGAUUUCUUUGCCAUCCCUUGAAAUUACUUCUGUGCUUAAAGAGCUGUUAUGAACUGGAGCCACCAAGUCAAGCUGCAUAACUGGCAUUCACAGCUACUAAUAGCAGGAGCUUUGCCACCAGUUUCAGCUGCGUGAACCGCCUGCUUUGCCUUUGGUCAGAUCCUACUAAAUGUCUAAUCCUGUAACUUUAUCCUGCAUUGCAACAAGGGCAUUUAGUGGCAAACAAAAUUCUCUUUUAGGAUCUGUUGAUUACCAAACAGCUACAGCAAUCUAGCCUUUUCAAGUGUAUUUUUUCAAGUAGCAAUAAGUGCUAGUGUAAGUUUACUAAGAAGUGAAGUGGCUUGAUUAAGGAUUGAAAGAGGGCAGGGAGGAAAUUAAAGCACUUUGCCUGGUGGCAUCAGAGCAAGAAGGGCUCGAGAUGUCCUUACUGUUUGCCAGUGGUGGGUCAGGGUGCAACAUUGAAGGUAGCAGAGGGUUAAAAGAAUUGUCUGUUGUCAUGGAGAGUUCCUAAUAACUUUUACAUGCCCCUUAGCCUCCCACCAAUGUAUUUAGUCAUGGGGUAUGGCAGGGCUCAGGGGAGAAAAGGAUAGGUCUGGAGUACCUGCCCCCAGAGCUCCUUGAAGCUUCACAUGGAUUGGGACAGUUUUUAAAAAUAUAUUUAAAAAAAAUGAGAGUCAGUUGAUGUGGGAAAGGUUUAAAAAUUGUAAAAAAUAAAAAUAAAAAUGACACUUUGCAUUUAGUUUAGACUAUUUAUUACUGGGAUUUCAGGCACGGUGGCUGUAUGAAACUUUUACAUGGAAUUGUUUAAUUAUUUGUACUUUUCAUGCCAGAAAAUAAAAAGUUCAGAAUCUUA